UUAUAAAAGCUUAUAAACCAUUUAAUUUAAAUUAUUAUACUAUAUAAACUUCACAUCAACUUUCAUUAACUUAAAAAGAAUUUGGAGUUUUCGAAAUAUAUAGCCAUACAUACAUACAUACAUACAUAUAGUCACGUCUAUAUCCCUUGCGGGGUAGACAGAGCCAAUAGUCCCGAAAAGACUGAAUGGCCACAUUCAGCUGCUCUGCUUAAUGAUGGAAUUGAGAUCCAAAUAGUGACAGGUUGCAAGCCCAUCGCCUAAAAAAAGGAUCGCAAUUUUAUAAGCCCAUCCUUAGUCGUCUUUUACGACAUCCAUAGGAAAGAGAUGGAGUGGUCCUAUUCUUUUUCGUAUUGGUGCCGGGAACCACACGGCAUACCAUUAUAUUAUACGAAAAAUACGAAGUAAGAGUAAAAUUCAUGAAUCCUUUAUUAUAACGAAUUAUAAUUCCAUAAAUAAUUAUGACGAUGGUAAAUUAAACGUAGGUAACUUUGUUGCUACCGCAAUAAUAAUCUAGUUUGAGUUAACUGGAAUAUGAUAUCAUAUCCGAUAACUGUUAUCUUAUCGAUUAUUAAAUUACCUCUGUUUAUAAAUAUUUACUGCAAUCAAAACUACUGAUAAACAAUAGAAAUGUUUAUAUAAAUAUCUUGAUAUAGAAACUUCAAAAUAAAAUUGAAUAUUAACUGUUGCACUCUUGACGUUCUAAGAUCAAUAAUUCUGCACGUCAGUCUCUCUCUUUUUGGUGAUUCCUAUGGAAAUCCAAAUUAUAGUUUAACAGCCAGAUACUAAGGGCUAAGAGAUUAUAAUAUCUUAUAUCUUAUUAAUAACAUAGAAUAAGACAAAAUGGACACCUCCAUCCAGUACUUCACUCUGCAGACGCCGCUGUUCAUGAAGUCAAGCCCCAAAGAGUUAGCAACUUAACCUUUCAAUGCGCUUAACUGUAAUGGAGUACAUCUUCUCCUAACGUGUUAAUAGAGUAAAGGCAUCUAAUAGGGAUGUCGUAAUUAUCAUAAUGCAGCAUAAGUGCAAAACACCAAUGAUCAAAAUAAGCCUUUCAUGAGUUUAUUUGAACAAAUUAGACCUAACGUAACGCAAACUGAUAAGGCAGUGUAAUCUGCUGUCGUUAAUUACGGAAAAUGUAAAUAAUUUUAUCAUAAGGAAAUAUUGUUAUCGUCAAACUGUUAGACUAGUAUCUUAUUAGUCAUUGAAUGAGAUGGAUCUUAGAGUAUGGAGUGAAUUUCGAUACACGAAUGGAGAUGGGUCAGUUACAAAGUUCAGAGUACAAGAUUGUUCAAAAAAUGGAAUGGAUGACGUCGUUGAUUUAUAUUCAAAUUUUUUUUUGAGAGAUGAGAGUCUUCAAAAACUUGCAGGAAUCCAUAAUAGUGAUGAUGCACAAAAAGAAUGCAUUGGACUAGUUAAAGGGAUAUUAAAUGACGAAAAUGUUCAUAUAGCGAUUUGCGUCAAGGCGGAAUAUGGUUCAAAUGGUAAAGUAAUUGGUGCAUCUGGCAUGAAAUUAAACUCAAACCUUAAUGACAAGCUACCAGAUAUAACGCCUCGGACUAGUGAAGUGCGUAAAUUAUUUGAAUUACUUGAUGGUAUGAAGUCGAUGUUCGAUGUACCUAAAAAUUAUGCCGUUGAUAAAUACUACCACGGUCGAGGUAUUAUAGUGCACCCUGAUUACCGAGGCCGUGGAGUUGGGAAUGCACUCGUUCAAUCAAGACGCAAAAUAUGUAAAGCAAACGGUGUUCCCAUAACGAGUGCAUGGAUGACGUCAAUUGGUACCCAAAAAGCGGCCCAGAGAAGCGGUUGGGAGACUGCCCACGAAAUUAAUACUCGGGAAUUCGCUAAAAAAUUCAACGUACCAUUAUAUGAUGGUAUAGCUCCAACUUUUAAACUGAUGGUUGGUAAAGCAGAAUGAGCAGACACCGAUAUCAACUGUUAUUCAGAUUUAUAUGUUCAGUGAAAUAUGUAUAAAAAUUAGUUAUUUGGGUAGGUACUUACUUGUUUUUAGGAAAAUUCUAUUCUGUUCGGAGUAUUGGUCAGACUGUUUUUGUUUCCUUAUACAAUGUCUUAAUUCAAGUUUCAAUAAAUAAUAUCAAUUAUUUUUA